AGUUGUCAUUUUAUAUUGAAACAGGAAGCUGGGGCAGGACAUUAUGCUUAUAUAGCAAAUGCUUCCUUGUUUUAUAAUAGGUAGGUCUCUCACUCAUUUGAGAUUUUGCUUAAAUAUUGGUUGGUUUAUCUUUAAAAAAAUAGAAAUAAGAGAAAUAAGUGACAUUUUAUGUUAAAUCUUAAUCAUUUUGUUAUAACAUGCAAAUGUGUUGCAUAUUUAAGAUGUUAAAGAUGGCAUUUUUUCAGAUGGCGAGCCUUCCCUCUGGUAAUAAGAAAGUAAAAUGAUAGCCUAUACCACUGCUUAAAAUAUUAAAUCAAAAGUGAAAGCAGAAGAAAUGAUGUUGCUUUCAUUUUCCCUUUCUCCUAAAUCACUGCAUUAACACUGACUGCAGGACUCGAGCAUGUGCUGUUUAUGUGACAUGUCCAGUAUUUAUUGAAAGUCAACAUGCCAUUCACAGAUAUUAUUCAUCUGAGACUGGACACACUCUUCACUUCACCUUCAUCUGUUCUGAAUUCACUGGAGAGAUGAGUGUGGGUGGUAACAGGAAGAUGACUACGACAGCAACACUGCGUCUGAAGCAGGAUUACCUCAGGAUACGGAAAGAGCCCGUCCCUUACAUCUGUGCUGAACCUCUGCCAUCUAAUAUACUGGAAUGGCAUUUUGUUAUUCGUGGUCCUGAGAAAACCCCUUAUAAGGGUGGCUACUAUCAUGGCAAAUUGAUAUUUCCUCAAGAAUUUCCUUUCAAGCCACCCGGUAUUUAUAUGCUAACCCCUAAUGGAAGAUUCAUGUGCAACACACGUGAUUUCCAUCCUGACACGUGGAAUCCGGCCUGGUCCGUCUCUACCAUACUCACCGCACUGCUGAGCUUCAUGGUGGAAAACAUUCCCACGCUGGGAAGCAUAGAGACGUCUGACUUCACCAAAAGACAGCUGUCUGCGCAGAGCUUGGCCUUCAACCUGAAGGACAGAGUUGUCUGUGAGCUGUUUCCUGAGGUUGUGGAGGAGAUCAAGGUGAAGCAAAGGACUCAGAAGGACUUCGGUGUUCCUCCUCAUACGGGUCAUGUGGCCCGACGAAAGCCAAACCUCAGAGGAGCACUUGCAAACCUGUGUGUUAUAGCUGGUCUGGUUGUCUGUGUCUACACAGUCAAGUUUGUGUGCUACAUCAUACAGGCCAGGACUGAAAACAGACCUGAAAGUUCUUUCUGAGGCAUCUCUCUUCCUUUUAACCAAAGCAAACUUCUGUUCAGAACACUAACAACCUUGUGGUAUUGCAAUGAUAGAGCAUGGUUUUCUGAAGUUCGUGACAUUACACUGGGUCAAAGCCACUUUGAAAUGAAACCAGCAAUGUUUACUGUGACGCAGUGGAAAAGAAAAGCAGCUUUUGUAAUGUGGCCGUGACAGAGCAGUUAAACUGAAGAAUGAACUGUCAACAGGGUUUCUGCUGAGCCCCUUAUUAUCCGUGUUACAGUUCGUUCUCAUCCUGUUUAUUUUUCUUUUUCAGAUCCUUGCACUUUCAUAACAGUUAUGACAUGUCCAAUUCUGCUUUCAAAAUCAUUUCCCAACAUUUUGGGAACAUUAGAGAAUACUUUUUGUAAAGUAAAUUACUUAAUAUAACUGUUGGAAAAGUGGUUAACUGUCUGCUUACAUUCAUAUCUGUCUUUAUAUUUUUUCAGUAUUUAGUUGUUUCUUUUAUUGCUGGAUUAUUGUUUUUGCCUGUAAAAAAAAAAAACAUUUGAUGUUCUAUCUUUAAGAUUCUGCAGAUAGUAACUUACUAGCACAUCUGACCCAAGGCUGUUUGAAUCUGAAUCAAAAGCAAGCAAAUGAUUAAACUUCAUUUUGAAGUUAACCUGUGAGUUGUACAAGCAUUCAAUAAACUAUCUUUACAUUUACAACGAUGGAUCAUUAGCAGUCGGAAACCCUGAAAUUAUGAAAUGCAUCUCUAAUAAAGACAUUUUGUAGCACUG